GUUCGAUUCGCCUGCACCACUGUGAACCGGUUCACGGCGGUUCACGAGAAGUUCAGGGCGAGUGCAGGGCUAGAUCGGCGGUGCCGGCCUGACCGGACAGCAGCGCCACACAGAAUCGAAUGCCGAAGUGCAGACGUUGUGCAGGCCUUCUGCUUUCUUGUUUCGCAUGCGCGGCAUUAUGUCUCGGUCCGUCUCGACGUUGUUAGUGUUUUGGUGUUCAUUGUGCCAAAUCGCCGCCUUUUUCCUCGCCGUUGCUUCUGUGGACGAAAGGUCAUGAACGCUGGCCUGCUUUCAACUGUCGUGCAUGUCGCCAUGGAGCUAGUGGAGUCUGAAAGUGACGACGAAUUUGACGACCUAGUCGCGAUAAUGGCAGUGAAGCUAGCAAGAGUGGACAGAAAUCGCAUUCCAAGAUACUGUGAGGACGUCGUAGGCCGGUACUUCGGGUUCGAAUUUAAACGGAUGUUCCGACUCUCACGCGAGACGUUCAGCGAUCUUGUCGCCCGCUACGAAUCGUCUCCGUUCUUCCCCGAUUCUCCAGGAGGGCGCACACGGAUCACUGCCGAGAAGACUUGCUUGGUGGUACUGAGCUAUAUUGGAAGCCAAUCGAGUAUGUACUGCCUUGCUGACAGAUUUGAUUUAUCCGAAUCUUCAGUGCACGUGUGCAUUGAGCGAGUGUUGAACUUUUUACACAGCAUAAGUGGAGAAGUCAUCGCAUGGCCUAGCGGGCAUGAUAAAGAAAGGACCAAGGCGGGCUUCUUGGUAAAGAGCUCCGGCAAAGGGCCGCGUAACACCAUAGGCUGUAUUGACGGGUGCCACAUAGAGAUCAACAAGCCGACUGAAUCCUCCCAUUCCUACUUCAACCGCAAGAAGUUCCCGUCUGUACUGCUCCAGGGAAUAUGUGAUAGUAGGAACAAGUUCAUCGACGUUUUUAUCGGUUUUCCUGGAUCGGCACACGAUGCCAGGGUGCUUCGUGAAGGCCCCUUCUUUGAGAUGGCAGCGAUGAGAUGUGAUGGUGGCUACCUGCUCGGAGACUCUGCAUACCCCCUGCUUCCAUGGUUGUUGACGCCGUACCGCGAUAAUGAGCACAGUUUUCCGGCAUGGAAGAAGCGCCAUAACAAGUGCCACUCUCAGCAAAGGUGUUCUAUUGAGAACGCCUUUGGUCUUCUAAAGCAAAGGUUCCGUAGGCUUUACUUUGUUGACGCUGCUACAAUCAAGCAGUGCUGCCUCAUAGUAAUGGGUGCUUGUGUGUUACACAACAUGUGCAAUGAAGAGAGGGAUUAUUUUAUUGAGCUGCAAGAAAUUUCAGAGCUUGAAGAUGUUGGAAAUGAUGACGAAAGUGACAUUACUGACUGAAGUUUGGCUGCCUAUAGUGAAAAUUUGAGAAAUGCAAUUGCACAAAAGCAGUGUUAGUAUUCCAUUUGUUUAAUAGAGCACUUUCUUAAUGCGAGAGGUGCUGAUGUGAAGCAUUCUUGUGGAGUUUUAUAAAAAAUAAACAUUCCUUCAUGCU